AUGUCAUUUCCAGCUCCCCAAAAGGAGCAAGACUCCAUACUAAGUGAAUCGUACCAAAGUUUUUCAACUGCAUCAACCAACAAUCCAAUCAAAAAUUUUAUUCACUCGUUUAAAGUUAACAGAGAUUUGAAAAUUACGGCAGAUGAAAUAACCACCCCUGAAGAUCUAUUAAAAGGAUAUCAAGUUAAAUUAAUCGCUUUAUCGUCAUGCAUAGGUAGUGGAUUAUUCAUAUCGAGUGCAUCCAUGAUAUCUUCCGCUGGACCCGGUGGUACUGUUAUUGGAUACUUUAUUGUCGCUAUAUUAAUGUUUUUCAUUGUCCAAGCAUUAGGAGAAUUGACCAGUUCGUAUCCAGUCAGAGGCAAUUUCCUUGUGUAUAACACCCGUUUCAUUGAUGAAUCAUGGGGAUUUGCCAUGAACUGGAAUUAUUGCUUGCAAUGGAUUGUCAAUAUUCCAUUGUCAUUAGUUGCUGCAUCGUUGACUAUUCAAUACUGGACUGACAAAAUCAACCCAGCGGUAUGGGUAGCAAUAUUCUGGGUGGUUAUCGUGGGAAUCAGUAUAUUUGGUGUAAAAGGUUAUGGUUAUGGAGAAAGCUUGUUUUCGGUGAUCAAAGUCAUUGCCAUAGCUGGAUUCUGUAUUCUAGGGGUUAUAUUGGCCGCAGGAGGCGGGGAACAAGGAUACAUUGGUGGUCGUAACUGGCAUCCGCCAUUUGUUAAUGGGUUUCAUGGUAUUUGUAAUACUUUGGUCAACCUGGCUUUCAGUUAUUCAGGAACCGAAUUGGCAGCAAUUGCCGCUGCCGAAACCUCGAAUCCACGUAAGACAUUGAAUAAAGCAAUCAAGCAAAUAUUUUGGAGAAUCUUAAUUUUUUACAUGGUUGUUAUUGUGAUAGUUUGUUUCUUGAUUAGAUAUGACGAUCCAAAAUUAAUGGGGAACUCAAGUUGGCCCGUAUCACCCUUUGUUAUUGCAAUUUCUAAUGGUGGGAUAAAAGUUUUGCCUUCUAUUUUCAAUGCGGUGAUUUUGUCGGCACUAUUAUCAGUGGCCAAUGCUAGUGUCUUUGCCACCUACAAACCGCUAGUUGCCUUAGCAGAAGCAGGCCACGGACCAAAGUUUUUGGCGUAUGUCGAUCAAAAGGGCAGACCGAUAUAUUCGAUUAUCAUAGCUCUUGCAUUCGGUCUUAUUGGAUUUGUUGGCUCGUCGAGCAGUCAAGCAAUUGUAUUCAACUGGUUAUUGGCAUUAAGUGGAUUAUCGUGUAUAUUUAUCUGGUUUUCAAUUUCAUUGGCUCAAAUAAGAGUAAAUUAUGCUUGCAAAGUCCAAGGUAUUGAUUCCAAAAAUGUCCCAUUUAAGGCCAUUGGCGGUGACUAUGGAGCUUAUUUUUCUAUGCUUAUAAAUGUUUUAAUUCUAAUAGCACAGUUUUAUGUGGGGUUAUAUCCUAUUGGUGGCAAAUCAUUAAAUGCAUCAACGUUUUUCCAAGCUUACCUCGCUGUUCCCAUUGUGCUAGUUUUCUAUGUUGGACAUAAACUCUGGACCAGAAAUUGGUCAUGGUAUAUCAAGGCAAAAGAUAUAGAUAUUACUACUGGGAGAAAUAUUGUUGAUAGUGAUUUUGAAUUACAAGCAUUGGAGUUGGAAAAGGAGAUGGAACAAAAAAAAUCAUUUGUGCACAGAUUUGUUAAUUUCUGGUGUUGA